AUGGACACCGUCUUUAGCCCUGCACAGCGCGACGAGAAGCUACUCGCCCCGCCGGGUGAGCCACUGCCGGAGCAACCACACACCGGUGGCACCCUGCAGCGUAGCACCAAACUGUGCGGUUUCCUGGGCACCUUUGGGUUCGCCCUGGUCUGGAUUCCGUGCCUGCUUCCGCCGCUUCUGGUUGCCUUUGUCGGGCUCCUGCUUCGUACGUGCGGCUGCUGUGGCGCCACGCUGCUGAAUCGAACGACGAUACUGGUCUUUGCCGCCUGCUGCCGGAUCGCCCUCUGGCUCAGUGUUUGGAUUCGCGUCGAGGAGAGGGGGUUCGGUGUCGUGGGGGAGAGGAUGGGCAGGUCGGGUCGGCCGUGCCUGGUGAUUGCGAACCACACCUCGUUCUUUGACAUUCUGCUGCUGGUCGCGCUGCUACCCUUCUCAAAGGUGCAGCGCGUCAAGAUGCUCAUCUCGUACCGGCUCUUUGCUCUCCCGCUGCUUGGGCAGCUGAACCGCGCUAUGGGCCACCUGGCCGUGCGGAACUCGCGCAAGACGGACGACGACGCCACGCGAGCGAUGUUUGCCGAGUCCACAGGCAAGGCUUUGGCGGAGUUUGAAGAGUACGUGCGAGGUGGCGGCACCGGCGGAUGGUUUCCGGAGGGGGAUGUGAACGCGGGCAACACGCAUGCUGUCGGGCUGUUCAAAAAGGGCGGGUUCGCCCCCGCGGUGAAGAUCGACGUCGAGCUGUGGUGCGUCUCGUUCUGCGGGAAUGCAGUCACGUGGCACGCAAAGGGCCUGCCUGGCAGGCCCGCCCGGGUAGGCGCCUCCAUCGCCUGCCUCUGUGAUAGCACGCAUGCACUCCUUCGCGACGAGGGCCUUUCGGUGAACAGCGACGUUGAUGCAUGCCUGCUAUUACUGGCAAACCAAGCGCGCGCAAAGGUUCAGGACGGCGUCAGCACCUUUGUGUCGGAAGGCUUCGUGGGGCAUGAUCCGGAUGCUCCCAACUUGUGGGGGGGGCAUUUGUAG